GGGAAUUGAGCAGAGCAGCUUCUAUGCAGAAAGAGGAGGGGUACACCAUGCAAAACACCCCUCGGAAACCCUCCUCCAAGGGAUCUGCACCCAUAGACAAAGCAUCCUCAGAUCUUCCUGUUCACUUCCACGUGUGGCGUCUGCUGUCUUUGCUGCUGCUCACUCUUUGCGUCCUGCAGCUGAUCGGAGUAGUGGGAUUCGGGAUCAGGUACUCCAUCCUAUUUCGAGGCAUCUGCAGGGACUGUUUCAAACAGAAGGAAUUUCUCUUGUCCCAAAACUCCAACCUGUCUGCCGACCUGCGGGAAGUAACCACAAAAUUAUGCCAAGAACUGAUCAUGAAGCAGCCAGAUCACGCCUGCAGGCCCUGUCCAGAAGGGUGGCAUUGGCAUGGGUACAACUGCUUUAAGAUAUUAAUGGAUAAACGAACCUGGUAUGAGAGCAGGGAGGCCUGUGCUUUCCAAAACUCCAGCCUGAUGAAAAUCGACAACAAGGAAGAGUGGAACCUUCUAACACCCAAGAUACAAAGUUACCACUGGGUGGGUUUAUCCCGAAAUGCAAGCGACCUCUCACUGAAGUGGGAAGAUGGCUCAGAAAUCAAUCCUAAAGUGCUUUUGUUGCUCUCAGACGCUAAGACGAAAGGCAGGCUGUGCGCUGUUGUAUAUAGAAAUGACUUAAGUUUGGAUUUUUGCAACAACACUUAUCCCUUCAUCUGUGAGAAAGCAGCUGAACCUGUGAAGAAGGAGCUGCUGACUUAAUGCAUCGAAUAUACAUCUGGAGGCAGUCUCAGCUGGAGAUCAGUGAUGGUCCUAAUGAUCUCUGCGGGAGCCUAAGGGCCAGGAGGCAGGACAGAGACAGUGGGGCUGGAGACCUUGAUGGCUUUGUCCUCUACCAGCCUGAACUGUCACUGCUAAGACCUCUACUGAUUGGUGGUGCCCUGCCAUUCUCCCAUAGCCCCUCAUUUCCCCUUGUCUCAGGCCUCGCCUUCCAGCCCACUCCACUCCCAGGGCCUUGUCCAACUCCUGGCUUUUGACAGACAAACAGACAGACCCCCUCUUCAUGAAGGAAAAAAGAAAUCCCACUCUUCAGGUCUCAAGGACAAUUCAACCAUCUCCUCGGGGUUCUCCCAAACAUUGGCCUGUUCACCCUCAAGGACCCAAGGACUAUUCAACCAUUUCCUCAGGGUAUCACCGGAUUGAGUAGUUAUUGCUGUCUUUUACCUCAACUAUAAAGCUUAAACUUCACCGACCCCAGCAUGACUCUUCAAUAUCCUCCCCAUAGCCAGCCCAUCUCAGUCCUCCCCUCUCACCAGAACUCAGCUGCC